GAGUGAGCGAGAGAAAAUUGCCUCGUGUAUAUGUGUGUUUGAAUAUAGAGAAAGAAGUAGAGAAAAAAAAGAACGAACGAACGACGAGUAUCCGAACCAAAUUCUGUGUGUAAAAUUUUUUUUUCUCUCGACAAUAUAUUCCCUUCUUGUAAUCUCUUUUCUUGCUGCAAACAUGAAAGUUUCAAUUCGCCCAUUCUUUUUGGCGAAAUAAAUCAUUUAAUCGAGAGAAGAAGAAAAAAACACGUCGAAUAUUUUGAAAAUUACAACACACUUCGAAUUCAGAAAGAAUUAUAAAUUUUUUUUUUCGUUUUCGACGAGUCAGUUCUUUUUUUCUAGAAAUAUCAAAAUCGAAAAUGUGUUCAGUGUCGUGAUUUUGCAAAUAGGAAUAGUGGAACAAUUUACACGGUGACAAUAUUCGUAUGUGCUGUAGCAAUAAAACAACACAAAAUUUUGAAGACGAGAUUAUUUUUGCAGCAAAUCAGUUCAUAUCAAUUUUUUAACCAUAGCACAGGGUGUUGUGGGAUUAUCACAGUGAAAAGUGAAACGAAAAAAAGCAUUCAAUUCAAAAAGAGAUUUUAAGCAUGAAUGUUGUGCAAAUUUUCGUUUGAAUACACAUUUUUUCGCUCAUUGUGUUUGUGAAUUUUGUGUAUUUUUUUCUCUCUUCAUUUUGGCUUCGAGCAGCAAAUAAUAUUCAACAUCUUCGUGACAACUUUCAAUCAAGCGCUAAGGAUUGUGUGUGUAUGGGUGCCUGCGUGUGUGAAAGUGUUCAUUAACGGACCAAAUAUCACGUAUGGUACAUCGUAAGCAAUUACAUUUGACAAUACUCGCCGAUACAUGGAUUAUAAUAAUUGUACGUAAAGAUCAAUAACACCGUUACCAUAUAUAAGCGACUCACUUUGAUGUGUUACAAUUCCCAAACGGCUCAAAACCAACACAAAAUUGUUCCAUAUUUGUGAAUAAAUGUAUGUGUGUUAACUAUCUCGAUGCGCCUAAUUUAUGGUGGAUAAUAUCCACUAAAAUCUAACGCUACGGAAAAUGACAAUAUUAAUCGCCGACAGUGAUUUUCUAUCAUUACAUAGAAAAUUGGCAGCAGAGGAGCAAUUUACAACGGACAAUGAUACAUCGAAGCCGGCGAUACUAGCAAUCAUUUAAAGAAUCAUUCAUAUCAAAUGUAACAAAAUGUCAUUAUCAUCAAUUUCAAAGGGGAAACCAAAACACCACGAAUAAACAUGCGAAUCAUAUCAAAGCCUAAUCAUAAUAUACAAAAUGAUAACGACUACAUUUGGAAGUGUACACCGUGAAUGGUUGACGAAAUAUUAUUAUUGAACGAGAGAUUUACUUUUGGACUAAACUGAAUUUAGUGGUUAAGCGAACGAGUGAAUUCAAGUGUAAAGUGUUCAAAAAGUAUAAAAGAGAGAAGAAGGAGAGAAAAACACACGAAAAACAAUUGUAAAUCGAAAGAACAAAAAAAAUGGAUCGAAGAAUAAUGGUGUCGUUAUUAAUAGCCUUACUGGCGCAUUUUUCGCUAAUUCUAGCCGACAGCGAUGAGGAUAUACCACACAACGAAGUACGAAAUUGGGCACUGAAGUUUGGCGUUGAUCUCUGGGAAUUUGGCCGACAGUUUACGAAAAUGAAUGAGAUUCGAAAUAAAUACAAGGACUUGGAUGGAGAAGUUAUUCGCAAGAACGGCAUAAUACUGCUACGUGAACUGACGGCUGAAGUGAAAAACUUCAUGGAUUUUAAAAUGAAUGCAGUUUUAAGAGUGAUGGAAACAGCUGAACAAGCUGCAUUAUCCGAAUCGGAACGCGACUCAGCACAUCAUCAUCAUCAUCAAGCUCAAUCGCAAAUGUCGCAUCGCCUGUAUGAUACGAGGCAUAUGAACGAUUACAUGUCGGACGAUGGCAAGGAAUUUCCAGCAAAACCAAUGCGACGCUUUGAAAAGCUAAUUGUGAAUUUGACGCACAGUUCAGUUCUUGCACCGGCCGGCAUCAGUUUAAGCGAAUCCAAUGUUCAGUCAUCAGUUGCGUGGUCAGCGCAUUUGGAUCCAAUAUUUGCAAACAACUUGGAACGUGAUGCAGCACUUUCUUGGCAAUAUUUUGGCUCAACAUCGGGUUUUAUACGACGCUUUCCAGGUACACCGUGGCCACAUGCUGGCUCCACCGAAAAGAAACCGGUCAAAGAUUUUCGCACACAAGAUUGGUUCAUACAAGCUGCAUCAUCGCCCAAAGAUAUCAUGAUUCUGUUGGAUGCUUCUGGUUCAAUGUCAGGCAAAUCAUUUGAGCUGGCCAUUACCACUGUGUCAGCUAUUCUCGACACUCUGAGCGACAAUGACUUUGUCAAUUUGAUUGCAUUCUCCGACAAAACCAGAUCGGUUGUACCAUGUUUCAAGGACAAAAUGGUUCGAGCCUAUGCCGACAAUGUCAAGGAGAUGAAAGAUGCUGUUAAAGCAAUAAAAUGUGAAAAUGUGGCAAAUUUUACAUCCGGAUUUGAAUAUGCCUUUGAAAUUCUGCAUCGGUACAACCAAUCGAGUUUGGGUAGUCAAUGCAACCAAGCCAUCAUGUUGAUUACGGACGGUACAACCGAGACACAUUCAGAGAUAAUAAAACGCUAUAAUUGGCCACAUCGACCAGUCCGAAUUUUCACAUAUUUAAUUGGUGGUGCAUCAGGCAGUCGUGAAAGUAUGCAAGGCAUCGCAUGUUCGAAUAAAGGAUUCUAUGCUCAAAUCAAUUCACCGGAAGACGCCAGAGCUCGAGUUGUUGAUUAUGCGCUGGUAAUGGCACGACCGAUGGUAUUGUAUCAAGCCGAUCAUCCGAUUCAUUGGAGUCCCGUAUUUCUCGGCGGUCCAAGUGGUAAUAUUGGCUAUGUAAAUGAACGCCAACGGCGAUUGGUGACGACAGUAUCGACGCCGGUAUUUGACCGCAGAAAUCAUUCGGUUCGUGAAGCCAAUUUACUUGGAGUGGUGGGUGCUGAUGUGUCCAUUGAGGAAAUUGUUAAAAUGAUACCACAAUACAAACUCGGCGCAAAUGGAUAUUCGUUCAUAGUGGACAACAAUGGCAAAGUACUUUAUCACCCUGACCUGCGACUUUCGGACGACAAAUUGCAAUAUGUCAAUACACUACAACCGAAAUACAGUUCAAUCGAUGUGACUGAAGUGGAACUACCCGAAACUGAUGUGAAUACCAUAGCAAACAGUGACAUGGAAAGGGAGCGAAUGGAUGAGAAUACCAACAUGUUGCUUGAUAUGCGACAUGAGAUGGUACUUCAAAAAGAGGGCGAAAUGGAAUUUUCGCUGCUGACGCAUUCGGACGAUAUGAAACGAGUUUCAACACGUACACAAAGAUACUUUUAUGGUCCGAUUGAUGGUACUCCCUUUACAUUGGCCAUUGCAUUGCCUGACAAAUAUGGAAUGUAUGAGUUGAGUUCGCAGGAAGAGAUUCGUCACUCGCAUCAAAACGUAACCGAAUACUUGAAAGGUACAACUUGGCGAGUUCAUCCCGAUUGGGUUUACUGCGAAUACAAUAGCUUGUACGAUUUCGCAAAGGAACGUGAAAAUUCCGGCGAAGCAUCGUCAACACUUGACGAUCGGACAAGCUUUGACACGGCCGAAGACCAAGUGUUGCAUUUCUUGGCACGGGCGGGGCGACCGCGCUGGAAAUGGAUGUCGGUGAGACCAAGAUCACCUGUUCCCCAUUUCGGUCACAAUGGUGCAACACCCAUUGGCGGUCAUCAUGCCCAUCACAAUGGAAACAAUGGACAAGGCUCACGCAAAGCCGAACCAUACUAUUGUGACCGUUAUUUAGUCCAGAGUUUAGUUCGUGAUGCCAUGGUCACCGAUGCACUGGAUCAGCCGUCGCAUCCACCGCGACGAGAAGAUAAACAUCCAAUCGCCACAUUAAUGGCUUUGCUGCACAGACAAGGCUAUCAGAUGUUUGGAGUGAAAUUGUCAUUCGUUGCAACUCGUUCUGGACUUCUACGCUGGGUUGAUCAUAUUGCACAUGAUCCAAGUUCACCAGAUGCUCAUUUUGGAGAAGUACAUGCCAAGGCAAUGGACAGCACAUGGUUUAAGCGAGCUGUUGAUCAGCACUCAAUUGAACCGGACAGUUUUGUUUUUAGUGUUCCAUUUGACUCUGGCUAUACUGGAAAAUCGAAUGCAACUCUAGUUACGGCAGCGCAUGCAAUAUUCAUUGAUCAUCGUGGUCAUAAUAAGGCGCCGGCUGCCGUCGUUGGCUUACAAUAUCAGCAUGAUUCACUGGCUCGACAUUUCAGAAACAUUACUUCAGCUUGUACUGGCACGGGUCACUGUCGAAAGACAUGUGCUUCGGACGAAUUGGAUUGUUAUGUGCUUGACAACAAUGGAUUUGUUAUUCUAUCCGAAAGCACUGAGCACACUGGCAAAUUCUUCGGUCACAUAGAUGGAACCAUCAUGGAUUCUUUGGUACAAGAUCGCAUUUAUAGACGUGUUUCGUUGAUGAACUAUCAAGGACUGUGCUCUGAUCGUGAAAAUCCGUAUACAGCAGCUGGUGACAUAACUACACGACCACACCGUCAUUUCUCGUGGCUUUUCAAAUACAUUGUAUCGUUGGCAACGACUUGGAUUUCAUUGCUGCCAAAUACUGUACAAUCUUGGCCACAUUACAGUGAACAAUACAUUGAUCAUACCUUGAUUGAAGAUCCCGAAGAUGAAACCUACCCAGAUGAAUAUGAUGAUGAAGUUGCCGAACCGAUUGAAAACGUUGAACAAACCACUGAACACAGUGAACCGGAAGAAAAAGCACAAAACACACCGAAAUCAACACCACCGCCAGCAACACACUCCAAAGUUGUUCAUGAUUCAUCGUAUACACGGCCGUGCGAUUUGAAAACCGAAUUGUUUGUACUGCAACCGGACCGAUUGAAUUCAAGCACUCCGUUGAAAGGAAAAUUAACCAAUUGUCAUUCAUCGGGUUGCGAGCGACCUUUUAGCGUUCAAAAGAUUCCGCACAGUAAUUUGAUAUUGUUGGUUGUUGACACACUAUGCCCGUGCGGUUCAAAGCAAUUGGAUAUUGGACCACAGGAAGUAACCACUGGAUCAACUGGACCAGGUGGACAAGCUGCAUGCAACCAUCGUCGCAUGGGAAAGGAUCGUUUGCCACGCAAACGGCCAACCAAAUGCAUAAACUAUCAUCCGGAAGAGAUUGAAAUACAACAAUGCGGCGGCGCAUCAACUCUGCUCAACGGUUGGAUGGCGUUCGUCAACAUGUUCAUCGUUUCACAAGUUUGGAUACUAUCAGCGUGAUAAGUGUCAUUAACAGAAACCAUAGAAAAUCGGACGAAGAAAAAAGGAGAAAUAAUGAGAUCGUCACAUCGUUUCUGGCCAUAAUUUUUUUCUGAGCCACAACACAAAACAGUAAGCUAUAGUCAUUAGAAUAUAGAGUCGAAGGGGAAACGUCGAAUGAAAUCGAACCAAAAGAAAAAGAAUUAAAACAUAGUAUUGGAAUUUAAGCUUCGACGAAACAAAAAAAAAAUGUGAACCAUGUAAAUAUCGUCAUACAUUUUUGAUGAGAUACAGAGAUGAGUAAAUAGGCUAAAUGUAAGAACUUUUUCCGAAUAUCGAAUUAGAAGGAAAUUUACCAAUGAAACGCUGAAGCCGUACCUUUUUAUUAACGGCGGCACAAAGAAUCCAUUUAAAUACACAGAAUUUGAACAAUUAACUAAACAAUUGGAUCAAUUUUUCUCGCAGAGUUUUUCCUAAACAUUUCGGAGACUUGAAGCUUUUUGUUUUUUGUUUUUUGCUUCGAGAAAUAAAUCGCUUCGAACGCCUAAACAAUCCAACAUCUCCGAAAUGGAAGCAAUUCUUUUUCUGUUUUUCGAAAUGAAUUCCAAAUAAUGAUAAGUCCUCCAGAGAAAAAAAAAAUGAAGGAAAUGUGAACGAUCGUCUAAACAAUAAUUAUAUAUAGCAAAUCUCACAAAAUUGGAAACCUAAAACAAUAACAACAAAAAAACAGUAAUGAAAAUUAAUAAAAAUUAGUCAAUAUAGACCAUAGGUGAAUGAUAAUAAUAAUUUUUAGGGAAAUUGUAUUGAGCAACAGUGGAAGCAAAAAAAAAAUUAAAUAAAUUGCGGUACCUUUGAAUUUAGACAAAAAAGAAUUAAAAA